GGCACGGACAAGCCUAGUUUAGUACGCCCCUUCUAACCCCCCUGCCCACUUCCAGGGCCUGGGCGCGUAUGAAUGAGUGGGUGGGUAUGCAUGUGUGUAUCCCUUUUUUCUUCACCCUCCCACAGCCCGCCCCUGGGCCAGUGCGCGUCCCGAAACUACCUCUACAAGGACUUGCAAACCGGUUUCGGAGGAACGUGUGUUUUCCGGCCCUUUCCCACCUUCCGCUCCUUCACGUGUGCGCGUCGUUGAGACUCCAGUCCCCAGCGGGCCACACGGCCUGGCCCCGGGGGCUGAGCGGCUGCGUCGGCCGCGCUACCCGCUGGGAGUAGUAGUUCCCCUGGAGCGCAGGCGUCACUCCCCCGCCCCAGCGAAGGGCGGGAUUCCGGCGAGAGCCUGCGCUUGUGACAGUGCCGUUUCUCCUACCUGAAGUCUCAUUGGGUAUCGCACUACUGGAAGGGGCGGCGCUGCCAUGACAGAGAAGGCAAUAAAACUGAAGGCCUAGCUCGACUAAAAGCGCUUACUAUUAAGGAAGACUUCGCUGUGGCUCCAUCCGGCACGGAAAGCUAAACCGUGUAAUGGCUGGCAACCAGGAAGCUAGACUACCUAGAAUCCGGAGGAUUGGAGGGACUGGCCGGCGUGGGCCCCUGAGAUUUCCUAUUACAUGUCUUCAGUUUUAUCCAUAGACACGGAAGGACACUAAAAUUGCCUGGUGCCAUUUCCUGUGAAACAAGUCUAGAUAAGAGAAGGGACUUGCCCAAGGUCACAUAGCCGAGAAAUAAAGCCGAGGGCAGUAGGAGAAAUGAUCUGACUUUCCGAACCACCCCCAAGCCUAGGGCCCUUAUCACCACACCUUUCAUGGAAGUGAAAAUCCUGCUCUUGUGCUCUUUAACCCUUAAUGAAGUUUAUAGGUCCCAGCAAAGAAAAUGGAUGUAAGAACUGGGCUUUUUUCCCCCUCUAAAUGAUAGUAAAGGGCCCUAAUGCAGAGUGAGAUGUGUCCCCAUAGGCCUUAUAAACCCUGUUUUGCAAAGUAAAACAUAAGUUCCACAGAUGGCAAGCAAUUCAGGUCACACUGGGCCUAAAAUCCCGUUUCUUACCUUCCUUCACCACCAUCAUUCUGAGAUUGUUUCAGUACUUGCACUCUACUUUCCCGAACUCUGUGGGCAGAUUCUGCUGCCUGGGAGCCCUGGAAUAGAACUUCAAGGACCGUUCAACAUCUGGAUUCAACUAGAAAUUAAGAAUGGCCCCCAAACAGUAAGCCGGGCCUAGGAACCAGUUAGCGCAGGUCAAGUCCCUACCCGGACUCAUUUUUUUUCAGCCCUCAGGAAGUAGGGGCCUCUCUGAAUCCACUUGCCGGAAGUGCCUUUCCAGUGGACCUGGGCUGUUGUUGCGGUUGUUUUCCUUCUCUCCGUGCAACGCUGGCAAGUCUCAAAGUCGCCACAGGUGCAGGUUGGGAUGGGAGGCACCAAGGGUUGGUAGUAAAUUUGCGACGUUGGGAUGGGAGGGCACCAAGGGUUGGUAGUAAAUUGGAGACGCGGGCACUCUCGGGCAGGGUUUCCCGAAGACACUGGCGUCUAAACCCCGCCUUCCUUUCUCAGAGGUCAGUUUGAAGCUGGCAGUUUGCAGUCUUCCCACCAGGGCAAUGGGAAUAUUGAGCUUUUUCAUUUAUAUUAGGAGGAUUAAGCUUUGAGUCUCAGUCCUUAAUCCCGCAUCACCUGCCGUCCCUGGACUUUUUAGGUUAUCACUUUUUAAUACCCACUAGUUGGAAAGCACGUGCCACAGAGGAAAGGGAGUUUCCAAAGAUGGGGGGAUGGUUGAGAUUUUAAAUGGAGUGGUCUGUAAAGUCCUUACGAAGAAAGUGAUUUUGAACAAAAGUGAUGGGUACGCUCUGCGGGCAUUUUGGUCUGGGGCUCAGGUGGGUGGGUGUGGGUGUGAUCUAAAUUCUACUCGGAGGCCCAGGAUUACUUACCUCCCUACUUGCUUCCUUAAGUAUAGCAUGAAGACAUUAACUGGUAUACAGGAUUUCUUGACCCAGCCCUAAGAUCUGUGAUCAAUAAAUUAGUUCAAUCGAUUUUUUUUUUUUUUUUUUUUUUUUUGAGACGGAGCUUCGCACUGUCGCGUGGGCUGGAGUGCAAUUGCGCGAUCUCGGCUCACUGCAACCUCCGCCUCCCAGGCUGAGGCAGGAGAAUGGCAUGAACCUGGGAGGCGAAGCUUGCAGUGAGCUGAGAUGGCACCACUGCACUCCACCCUGGGCGAUAGAGCAAGACUCCGUCUCAAAAAAAAAAUUGGCUGGGCAUGGUGGCGUGGCCUGUAGUCCCAGCUCCUUAGAGGGCUGAGGUGGUAAGAUCCCUCGAUCCCGGGAGGUCAAGGCUGCAGACAGCGGAGAGCACGCCACUGCACUCCAGAUUGAGUGACAGAGCGAGACCCUGUAUCCAAAAAAAAAAAAAAAGUUACAUCAACCCUAUGAAUUAGUACCCAUAUUUCAAAGGUGAAUGAACUGCACCAUAACAAGAUUAAAUAAUUUGUUCAAAGACACACAGCUAAUAAGUAGUGGAGCCAGGAUUCCAACCAAGUUUGACACCAAAGUCUGCACUCCAACAGGCUAUUCUCUCUCAGUACUAAGUUAAUGAGGUUAUUUUGAGCAUUAAAUGAGUUAAUGCUCACCGGGCGCGGUGGCUCAUGCCUGUAAUCCCAACACUUUGGGAGGCCUAGGCAGUUGGAUCACCUGAGGUCAGGAGUUCAGGACCAGCCUGGCCAACAUGGCGAAACCCCAUCUCUCCUGAAAAUACAAAAAUUGGCCAGACAUGGUGGCAGGAGCCUGUAAUCCCAGCUACUUGGGAGGCUGAGGCACAAGAAUCGCUUGAACCCGGUAGGCAGAUGAUGCAGUGAGCCAAGAUCGCGCCACUGCACUCCAGCCUGGGCGACACAGCAAGACUCUUGUCUCAAAACAAACAAACAAAAAAAACCUAAAUUAUAUUGGUUGGUACUAUCGUUAUUUUGAGUUGUGAACUCUUAAGCCCCAAAAUAGGAGGAAAAAAGGAAACAAGCUAUGACCUUCCAGUUUUGUUUUGUUUUUUUUUUUUUAAUUUCACAAAAACACCACUUAGAAGACCCUUCAUUUUAAAGAUGAGAAAACCGGUACUCAAGCAAUUUGCCCAGUGUCACACAGCUAGGAAAUGGUGGAAGUAUCUGUAAAAUCUCUAUGUGCAUUACUCUAUUACACUAGACAGGCAAAGCUAAAAGAACAGUUCAGGUACUAAAAGGAUCUAUUUUGUUACUGUGUUACCGACAGUUUGAAAACAUUAAUGAUUCUUUUCAAAGGAAAGUGUUAUAUUCAUGAAUUACUACUAUUUAAAAAUUAAUGUAUAAAAUGAGGAAAAUUAAGUGACACCUUGUGUUAUACACAGAAACAUGCCCCUGAUUCAGUGCCUCUGCUUAGCUGUAACAUGUUAAUCAGAACUACCUGGCAUCUUCCUGAACAAGACUUUCAAUAGGGGCCAGUAUGCUUCGCUUCAUCCAGAAGUUUUCUCAAGCAUCUUCAAAGAUACUGAAGUACUCUUUCCCAGUGGGACUAAGAACCAGCAGAACAGAUAUACUUUCUCUCAAGAUGUCUCUCCAGCAGAACUUCUCCCCAUGUCCAAGGCCUUGGCUUUCCUCAUCAUUUCCAGCGUAUAUGAGCAAGACACAGUGCUAUCAUACAUCCCCCUGCAGCUUUAAAAAGCAGCAGAAGCAAGCACUUCUAGCCAGGCCCCCAAGCACCAUCACUUACCUAACUGACAGCCCAAAGCCAGCAUUAUAUGUAACUCUGGCAGGACUAAUCCCCUUCGUUGCUCCACCACUGGUCAUGCUGAUGACAAAAACUUAUAUUCCCAUAUUAGCUUUUACUCAGAUGGCUUAUGGAGCCAGUUUCCUAUCUUUCUUGGGUGGGAUCAGAUGGGGUUUUGCUCUACCAGAAGGUAGUCCAGCCAAACCAGACUACCUUAAUUUAGCUAGCAGUACAGCUCCUCUUUUCUUUUCAUGGUUUGCCUUCCUUAUUUCUGAAAGACUUAGUGAAGCCAUAGUCACAGUAAUAAUGGGUAUGGGAGUAGCAUUCCACCUUGAACUUUUUCUCUUACCACAUUAUCCCAACUGGUUUAAAGCCCUGAGGAUAGUAGUCACUUUAUUGGCCACUUUUUCAUUUAUAAUCACUUUAGUAGUUAAAAGUAGUUUUCCAGAAAAAGGACAUAAGAGACCUGGUCAAGUAUAAAAAAUAUAAAAGUCUGGGAAGUGAGGAGCACCUCUGCCUGGCUGCCGCCCCGUCUGGGAAGUGAGGAGCGCCUCUGCCUGGCCGCCUGACCAUCUGGGAAGUGUGAGAAGCGCCUCUGCCCGGCCGCUGUGCAACCUUCCACGUGUGAAGUGACAGCCUUGUGUGUGAUCUUUUCUGUCUUCCCCAAGUUUGCAUUUUCGACAUUAAAGUUUACUUUUUAGUUAAAAGUUUUAAAUAUGUAUAUAUAUAAAUACACUGUAGAUAACAUUUGUAUGCCAGCUACACCUUUUUCUACUUCUGUUUGGCUUUUUUUCCCCACACCAAUGGUAAUUUAUCUUCACAGAUUGUUCUUCAUUUCUAGAAAUUGUUACUUCAUGGUAAUUACUUGAGCAAAAGCUUGAAAAUCCCUGACAAGUACUUUUCAUCUCAUAGUAUAUUAGUUUUCACUCAGUCAUUUUAUGAAUAAUAUAGUUAUCCACUUAAACAUUUCAAUAUUUUAACCAUCUUGAAAAUUAAAGAUUAAAAAUCCCC